UCCUGCAUAAGGAAAACACCGACCUAUAUUAUCACACAAGCGAGCGGAAAGCUAGGAAGUCAAAAAAGCGUGUAAAACUUUCUACAGAGUCAGUUCUCACCGCAGAGGCAAUGCGGCAACUAGCAGCGGCUAAGAAGGCGACAGAGGAGGCAAAGGCUGCUGCUAAAUCUCUUAGACAGGCUGCUAAGGCUGUCCGUGAGCAAGCUAAGCAGGAGGACGCUGUUCAACUUCAAAAGAGAAAGGACGCUACUCAGGGUUUCCGGCCUACGUGCCUAGCCAAUUACAACUUCUACAGAGAGGGGUUGGGGUACGGUGGCCUACCCUGCCUACCGCUGCCUACUGCUGCCUCUAAUUAGUACUUAUGCCUACGCUCCCUAUGUAGUAUAUAG